AUGGCUGCCUUCAAACGGAGCCGAGCACAAGCCUGGCCGGAGGAACGGGGCGACCGGGAGCAUGGGCUGUACAGUUUGCAUCGCAUGUUCGACAUCGUGGGCACCCACCUGACCCACCGGGACGUGCGGGUGCUCUCCUUCCUCUUCGUGGACGUGAUCGACGAUUACGAGAGGGGGAUGAUCCGCAGCGGCCGGGACUUCUUGCUGGCGCUGGAGCGCUCGGCCCUGUGCCUUUUUUUGACUAAAACCGUCAAUUUACAGUUCAAAGAAGUGUGUCCGGAUCUGGUGGACAAGUACCUGGAGGAGACGUCCAUUCGCUACGUGACGCCCCGAGCUCACAGCGAGGCGGAACACGGGCUCGGCCACCCCCAUAAAUCAGUGCCUCCCCACCACCCCGUGGUCUGCUGCUCCUCCGCGGGACCCCAGAUCUGUACCAAGAGGCCCGGCCGCGGCAGGACCCUCCUCACCCUGCGAGCCCGAGCCGAGUACUGCCAGCACGAGACGGCGCUUCAAGGCAACGUCUUCUCCAACAAGCAGGACCCCUUGGAGCGUCAGUUCGAGCGCUUCAACCAGGCCAACACCAUCCUGAAGUCCCGGGACCUGGGCUCCAUCAUCUGUGACAUAAAAUUCUCAGAGCUCACCUACCUCGACGCGUUCUGGCGCGAUUACAUCAACGGCUCUUUGCUGGAAGCCCUCAAGGGCGUCUUCAUCACGGACUCGCUCAAACAAGCCGUGGGCCACGAAGCCAUCAAACUGCUG